GAUCUCGCCUUUGAGAUGAUCCUGGAAGACCUGAACCACAAGGGGCCACUAGUACCCAAUGGCCACACCAGCGAAGAUGGAGAUCCCACCGGCCCGCCACUCUUUGCGGAGAUCUCCCCGCAGCCAAUAGCGGCAGCCUCCUUGGGCCAGGUGUACUACGCCAAGACAUGGGAUGGCCGCGAAGUCGCCGUGAAGGUUCAGAGGCCUGGUAGCUUGCGCCAGGUGGCCCUUGACUGGACUUGUUGGGCUCUCGGGCUGAUGGUCAUGGACAUCUACUGGGGCGGCCAAGGUGAUGAGUAUCCCAAGAUCGCUGAUGAGGUUGCCAUGGGUGUGUUCAAAGAGUUAGACUACCACAAUGAAGCCAGAAAUGCCGAGCUCUUCCUCAAGAAGCACAAGUUCUUGCCUUUCGUCACAGCUCCACAGUGGGUGCCUGAGUUUACGGGACCGGAGGGCACCGCGAGAGUUCUGACGCUGGAGUGGAUCCAUGGACGCAAGCUCCAAGACUUGGAAACUGAGGAGGAGAAGAUGCACAUGGUUGACAUGGCAGUAGAAGCCUGUGUCUCGUCCUUGGUCUUCACUGGUUUCGUCCAUGCGGAUCCUCACGCGGGGAACAUGCUUUUGACAGACGAUGGCCGUCUAGCUUUUCUGGAUUUUGGUCUCAUGGGAACUGUCGAGCCGAAAAUCAUGGAGGGGUUCGCGGCGGGGAUCCAGCAUUUGUUGGCAGAGCGUUGGCUCCCACUUGCAAAGGUGAUGCAGGAUGUGGGCUUCAUGGCCGAAGCGGAGGGAGGGGGCUUCAAGAAGGUCAUCGACCCAACAGCUCGUGUCUUUGAGUACACGCGCUGCCCAGACGAGGAGUUUGCUGCGGCUUUGGAGGAGUCCAUGAAAAACGAGGAGGGGGGCCUCAGCCGCUUUGGCGCCCUCGCAGGGGCACUCACCAAGCUCUCGGACAGGUAUCAUAUGACGAUGCCAGGCUACAUCAUCCUCUUCAUCCGCACCUUCCUUACUUUGGAAGGAAUAGCUGGAGUGGUGAAGCCUGACUUCAACAUCUACGAAGCUUCCAUGCCCUAUGCCGUGCAGCGAGCUCUGUCGCCCCAGACC